AUGUCUCCCACUGACAGAGGACGCUCUGUUAUAUGGAAUGAUGACUUCUUCACGAGGCCCCUGCCUGACAUCGAAGAUCUAUCAGACACAGAGGCAUACUACUACGAUUCACCCAGCUCUCCAGACUUCAAGGACUUGGAAGAGGGCAGGAUGCAGCGAUGUACGCCUUCAUCUACAAGCCCACGAUUGAGCCAUGAACCACUCGGAAACAACACUCGUUGCGACAUUAUCCAAGUAUCUUAUAGCAUUACCGGCCAUACAAAGGACCAAGAUGAGUCCUCAAGGCGAUCCCGAGCCUUGACAAUACAAAGUAUUCGUCACAGCCUUUAUCGCAGACAAUCGUUGACGCCUCCAAAGAAAGGCACACGGGUAUACAGAUACUUUCGUUGGAACUUUGGGUCUGUCUACAGACGCAUCUUCACGCUCGCCUUCAUCUGCAACCUCGCCGUCCUGGUGGCACUUAUCGGCCAAAACAUAGUAGGAACAAACCGCCUCACAUACAGAGAGGCAUCGACCGCCGCCUCGGCUAACAUAUUUGUGGCCAUGCUGAUCCGCAACGAGCACAUUGUGAACGCCUUGUUUACUGUGUUUGGCACGUGGCCGAGGCGAUUCCCACUCAGGACUCGCCGUCUCUUUGCCAAGGUGUACUCAUACGGAGGCAUCCACAGCGGCUGUGGCGUUGCAGGAACGCUCUGGCACGUGGUGUUUGUGGCCCUUCUCACGAUCGACUAUCAGCAAAGAGACCGGGACCAGGUGCUUCAUGCACUCAGGGGCUACGUAUACCUGGUCAGCUACGGCACACUUGUCAUGUUGGCCCUGAUCCUGGUCUUUGCGCAUCCCCGAGUGCGCGCAGCCAUUCACAAUUGGUUUGAAGGGAUACAUCGCUUUCUUGGAUGGACAGUCGUUGUGUUGUUCUGGGCACAGACCCUGCUCAUCGUUUUUGAUGACUCGCCCGCCAUGGGGCUCUCGUACGGCCGAGCACUGCUCGUCAGCCCAUCGUUCUGGCUGCUGCUUCUGAUCACUCUGUUGGUCAUCUACCCUUGGACUCGUCUGCGGCGCCGCGGAGUUCAAGUAGAGCUCUUGUCCAAGCAUUGCAUCAAGCUCAACUUCUCCUACCGCGAUGGCCACUACGGGCAGGCCAUUCGCCUAUCCGAUGCUCCCCUCAAAGACCCUCAAAGAGACCCACGCCUUUGCCAUCAUUUCCAACCCCAAGACUGCAGCAAGCCCUCGAUUGGACACGGAGAAGAAGCCCAAGCUGGAGACAUCGAGACGGCCAAGGCAGUAGCGAGGGCCAAAGCGCUGGCGAGACAGCACCACCGCCAACAGCUCAACCACCUAUCGAGCUCGAACCUUUCCAACGCAGGCAAGACGGGGUUUUCAGUGGUCAUCUCAGACGCCGGCGACUGGACGCGCAAAAUCAUCGCCAAGCCCCCGACACACAUCUACACGCGCGGCGUGCCGCAGUACGGGGUGAUGCGGAUCGCGGGCAUGUUCGAGCCCGUCAUCAUCAUGGCGACCGGGUCGGGGAUCGCGCCGUGCCUGGCCCUCUUUGCCGAGAUGCCGGACCACCCCGCCGUCGUCGACACGGUGCUCAGGGCCGACCCGGAUGCCGUCAUCCACGACACCAGAAGGCAGGGCCGACCGGACCUGGUAAAGAUAGCCUACCGGAUGUGGGCGGCCAGCGGGACCGGUGGGGAGUUUGCGCUGGGAGGGCGACAGCGGUUGGGUCGGUGCGAGGCCGUCGUCGUCAUCUCGAAUCAGUCCGUGACUAGAAAUGUGGUGUGUAAUCUGGAGUCGAGGGGUGUGCCUGGUUAUGGGGCGAUCUUUGACUCUUAG